CCUGUAUAUCCCCUGUGAACUAACGCCCAUUAAACCAAUUCCAGCUUCUCUUCUUCAACCUACGCCGCAUCCUUAUCCCGUUCAUUCGUUCUUUAUCAAUUCCGGACAAUGCCACUCUCGAUUGAUUUAAGCUAGCCAUACUUCCCUCUUCUCGUUCUUUUCAUCGUCUUCACGUUUCUAUUGUCAUAUAGCAUUUGCCGGAUAGUUAUAAUAGUAUAUUCCCUCGUCUGUCGAGAUGGCUACCGAACGGGUUAAUUCCAUUUUGAAGCACUUGUCGCCCAACUCGCCUUUGGCUACCAUAACCUCGAAAAACCCCGACGAUGUAGUCAUCACGCUCGCGAUCCGGACCCCGCUCUGUAAGGCCAAGAAGGGCGGUUUCAAGGACACGUCCGUCGAAUACCUUAUGUAUGCCAUCUUGAAGGCCGCGCGGGAACGUCUGGGCUUCUCUCCAGAUCUUGUAGAAGAUAUCUGCAUGGGAAAUGUAUCGGACGGUAAAGCAGCGUACAAGGCUCGCGCCGCUGCCCUCGCCGCCGGAUUCCCCAACACGACGAGCGCCUCGUCUGUAAACAGGUUCUGCUCCUCGGGUCUAAAGGCCACCGCCGACAUCGCCCACCAGAUUGCUACGGGCUCGAUCGAGAUCGGUAUCGCUGCUGGGACCGAGUCUAUGUCGGUCGGGGGCGACAGCCUCGAGCAACCUUUCGACGAAGAAGUGACCAAGCACAGCCAAGAGGCGGUUGACUGUAUGAUGGCCAUGGGAUGGACGAGCGAGAAUGUGGCGAAGGACUUUGGAAUUUCCCGUCAAGCUGUCGACGAGUAUGCGGCAGAGAGCUUCAGGCGAGCCGAGGUGGCUCAGAAGGCCGGCUUUUUCGACGAUGAAAUCGUGCCUGUCACUACCAAAGUGAAGGGGCCUGACGGCCAGGUACAAACCGUUACGCUUACCAAGGACGAGGGUAUUCGACCGGGGACGACGGCUGCUUCAUUAGGAAAGAUUCGCAUUGCUUUCCCUCAAUGGGGACCUACCACUACCGGAGGCAACGCCAGCCAGGUUACCGACGGCGCCGCGGCGGUAGUGCUUAUGAAGCGAUCCAAGGCUACCGAGCUCGGUUUGCCGAUCAUGGCCAAGUACGUCGGAUCCACCGUCGCCGGCCUGGCUCCUAGGAUCAUGGGUAUCGGCCCAACAGUAGCGAUCCCAAAGCUGCUCAAGCAGCACAACAUCACUCUCGACGAUGUUGAUGUCAUCGAGCUUAACGAGGCGUUUGGGACGAUGGCUGUCUAUUGCAGAGAUACUCUGAAGCUAGAUUGGGCCAAGAUGAACCCUCGAGGAGGUGCCAUCGCCCUUGGUCACCCCUUGGGCACGACAGGCGCUCGACAGAUCGUGACGGGCCUGAGCGAGCUGAGGCGAACGAAGAAGAAGAUCUUAUUGACGAGCAUGUGUAUUGGAACGGGAAUGGGUAUGGCUGGCCUAUUUGUUAACGAGCAAUGAUAUAGCGUACUCGACGGAUACCUCUUCUUUUUUUUUUUUUUUU